UGUUUAAAAUGGUUAUGGUUUUAUGAUGUAAAAACGAAGAUAAUAGAAGAGAGAAGCUGUCAUACUGACUGUUUACUAAACCGACUGCAUCGUUUACUCAGCCAAAAUGACCUUAGGAGACAUUCUCUCUCUCUUUGUGUGCGUGCGAACGUGCGCACACACCUAUUAGCAGGAUACGUUCAGUACGCAGGUGUGUGAGCAGCAGGAGGUGUGUUGAGCGGCAAACCCAAACUCUUCAUGGGCUCUGCCAGCUUCGUGGAUGUGAGCGACAGAUGCUGCUACCCCUUUCUCGUUUCCACCAGAUUACAAUGGAUUAAGAUUUUUGGGUCACGCCGGCAAAUUAUUGUAGGAAACCGAUUCGACUUGGAUGUCCUCCAUUCCCCUUUCCGCAUUCCCGCAGCAGCGGUGCGCACUGCAGGCGUGGAUCUGAGAUCCAUGAUCUCAACAGAAAAAACCGGUUCCUCCGGCUAAUCUGCUCUGCUGCUGCUGGCGGUGCAUUAUGUUUCCAGCCAAAGGAAGAGGGGGAAACUGGAGGAUUUAACAGAUUGGAAUAAACCUGCCGUAGCGCAGCUUCAUGUCCCGGGAUGGAGAGCUGCUGUCGCUCCUGUAUGCCGUGUUUAAAUCGGCUCUGGAACGCGAUCUGGCCCGACAUCCGAUACCCAACCAUCCAUAACCACGACCAUGUCAUCGCCAAUCCGGCCGCGCACCCGGCGGAAAUCCGCACAGUGUCCGGCGACAUCCGCGUCCCGUCGCCUAAGAAGCGGCCGGUGCAGCUGUACGCGGCGCUCUUCGACUUCGUGGCCCGCAGCGAGGACGAGCUGACUGUAAAGGAAGGGGACAGGUUGUCUGUGAUAGAGAAGCGGGGGGAGUACGUGCUGGCCAAGAAGCUCACCGGGUCUCUGGAGUCCGGACUGGUUCCGGCGAACUACGUGGCUCUGCUGCAGGACGAGUUCGCUAAACACAAGUGGUACUAUGGGAACAUAAACCGAAUGAAAGCUGAGAAGCUGUUGCUGGCUCCCCAAAACAAAGAUGGCUCCUUCCUGGUUCGCAUCAGUGAGAGUCACAGCGAUGAGUACACAGUCUCUGUCCGGAGUGAGGGGAAGGUGUACCACUUCAGGAUCCAGCGCUCCACCAUUGGUGCAUACUUUAUCUCAGAUAAGAUCUCCUUCGCCACGCUGGGAGAGCUCAUCUCCUACUACCAGAAAAACCAUCACAGCCUGGGAGUGCUGCUGCAGGAGCCAUGUGCCCAGCAGCGGGAGCUAUUUGACAUGGAGCCAUGGGAGAGACCACGGGAGGAGUUCAAACUACAUAAGAGACUCGGAGAGGGACAGUUUGGAGAGGUGUGGGAGGCUCUGUGGAUCACACAGAACAGGAAAGUGGCCAUAAAGAUGCUGAAACAAGAGGACACAAAGCAGGACGAGUUUGUGAAAGAGGUUCAGGCCCUGAAGAGUCUACAUCACCCAAAGCUGAUCCAGCUGUUGGCCAUGUGCUCCAGAGGAGAGCCGGUCUAUAUUGUGACAGAGCUCAUGAGCAAAGGAAGCCUCAAGAACUACCUUGCCUCUGCUGAAGGUCAUGUGCUGACAUCAGCUCAUCUGAUCUACAUGGGCAGUCAGAUCGCAGAGGGCAUGGCCUACCUGGAGGACCGAAGCAUUGUCCACAGAGACCUGGCUGCCAGGAACAUCCUAGUGGGAGAUGAUCUGGUCUGUAAAGUGGCUGACUUUGGACUGGCUCGAAUUAUUAAGGACAGUGUGUAUACAGCCAGUCGAAACACAAAGAUCCCAGUGCGGUGGACGGCUCCUGAGGCAGCACUUCGCCAGCAGUUUUCUGUAAAAUCAGAUGUUUGGUCAUUUGGGGUGCUGCUGUAUGAGAUGAUGUCACGUGGCAAAAUGCCUUAUGAAGGAAAAAACAAUAACGAAGUGUUGGAGCUGCUGUCAUCUGGGCAUCGGCUAGCCUGUCCAACCCGCUGUCCUCCAAAUAUUUAUCGCAUCAUGAUGGACUGUUGGGCAGCUGAGCCGUCUAAAAGACCCUCCUUCCAUGCUUUGCACAGCCAGCUGGACACAAUAUAUACCAGGAUAUACUUUAAGACUAUAGAGGUAUAAGAAGAGAUAAAAGGGAAGAGGCAAGGGUAUAAACAACACAGGAGGAAGAUCCUCUGCAACUGGUCAUCCACAGCAGGAUGGACUGCAAAAAUGAAGAAGGAAGCAAAACAGGAAUGAAAAAUAAGGAAUGUUCUUCUACCCCAUAAAAUCUAUUACCACAGCAGGGCGUAUGAAUGAAUGUCACUUUCGACUUUUUCCA